AUGCGCAUACAUAACCAAAAGUGGGUAAUGGUAACUUUGCAUUCAAUGUUGAUAAUACAGGUUUGCAGAGCUUUCUGCCAUUCAACACAUUAUCCAGUUGGGGCUGGCAUAAUGAUUCUCUCCCAACCAAUGGGUGAGGAGAAAAUUGAGGAUUAUCAUGGGGUCUCCAUGUUAACCCAUGGACGGAACGUGUCAUACGAUAUUCCGGAUCCCGAUCUCCCUGAAGUGUCUCAAUGGAUCACUGCCAAUCCCAACCGCAUAAAUCUAGGACGCAUUGGGUUACAGUAUAAAGGCUCACUUGUCUCCGUAUCUCAAAUUACAGAGCCACGACAGGAGCUCGACCUAUGGACAGGAGUCAUAUCCUCGACUUUCAAGGUUGAAGGUCAGUUUGUUAAGGUGGUGACUCAAGGAGACUUAGAUUCGGACUCGGUAGUCUUUGAAAUCGAGUCGAGCCUAAUCACAUCGGGUGAUUUGGCCGUCGAGCUAGACUUUCCGUAUCCGCCAAUUCACACAACCAAGUAUAAAUAUGAAGUUUUUGCUGGAGUCUACGAUUUCCCCCAAAACCAUACUACCCUCAUUGAGGGAGACACUGGAAAGAACAGCGCACAUAUUCGACACGAGUUGCAGGAGACGAAUUACUAUCUCAAUCUGCGAUGGGGUUCUGGACAACCACUACGGCUUUCUCGUCAACACAAUGCAACCCACAGGUACACCAUCAAAUCCAGAUCGUCACCUUCCAUGGCAUUCACGGCGAACUUUUCGCCAGAAAAGCAAAUGGCCGAUCAACCAGCUGUGGUCCAGCAGCGUAGCUCCACGGCAUGGAACCAGUACUGGACUCAAGGAGGGUUCAUCGACCUUACUUCCUCAUCUAAUCCUAAGGCAGACGAGCUCCAGCGUCGCAUCAUCCUAUCGCAAUACCAUGUGCGGGUGAACAGCGCAGCUAAUGGACAGUCACCCCAGGAGAGCGGUCUGAUGAAUAAUGGGUGGUAUGGAAAGUUUCACAUGGAGAUGGUGGUGUGGCAUAACGCGCACUGGGCGACAUGGGGUCGACAGGAACAAUUUGACAACAUCUUCCCGGAACUAUAUGAGGCACUACUACCAUCAUCAAUCGCACGGGCGAAGUCUAUGGGGUGGGAUGGCGCACGUUGGCCAAAAAUGACCGACGUUGAGACUGGAGUCAGCUCUCCUGGUGGCAUUAAUGGUAUUCUGUUGUGGCAACAGCCUCAUCCCAUGUACCUGGCAACGUUGGCUUAUCAAGCAGCUCCGACACGCGAGACCCUAGAACGAUGGGACCGCGUCCUAACGGCCACGGCUAAUUAUAUGGUCUCUUAUGCUUGGAAAAAUGCAAGCUCAGGCUAUUAUGAUCUAGGACCGCCGGCAUAUGGCGUGACUGAGAACACACCUCCAUCUGAAAGCCUCAAUCUUGCAUAUGAAACUGCAUAUUGGAGAUACGGGCUUGAUGUCGCGCGUGAAUGGAAAAAGAAGCUUAGCCAGCCAGUUCCCGAGAAAUGGGAAAUGGUCGCGGAAGGGCUCGCUCCACCCCCGCAAGUUGAUGGUUUGUAUGCCGUCUACGAGGGAUUGAAUAGCUCAUGGUGGAAUGAUACCUCUCUGACCGGAGACCCUCGGAGCUUGAUUAUGCUUCAAGGCAUCCUCCCUAACACCCCAGCAGUUGACCCGGAUGUUGCUUCUGACACAGCCAAAAAGGUAUGGGAAAUCUGGACAGACGACAAGAUUAGGGGAUGGGGUAGACCGGUUCUUGCAAUCAAUGCGGCACGGCUGGGAGAUUCGGCACGAGCGGUAUAUCACUUGACCGCAUAUGACUAUUGGAAUUUUGAUGAUGCUGGAUUUGCCGAGCGUGGAGGAGAUGUCAUAGCACUAAUAAGAAUAGUGGCAUACAUGGCUGCCGGCUGGGAAGGAUCUCAGGGCGACGCUCCCGGGUUUCCUCGAGACGGUAGUUGGGUAGUCAACCAUGAAGGAUUGCUCAAAGCACCGUAG